AUGGCGAGAAAUCAGAAGCAGAACGAGAUCACACGCUCGCUCUGUGUGUGUAUCAGAGGCUCUGUCAGUGGCUAUAACAGAGGCUCUGUCAGUGGCUAUAACAGCUCCACUGUCAGUGGCUAUAACAGCUCCUCUGUCAGUGUCUAUAACAGAGGCUCUGUCAGUGGCUAUAACAGCUUCUCUGUCAGUGGCUAUAACAGCUUCUCUGUCAGUGGCUAUAACAGCUCCUCUGUCAGUGUCUAUAACAGAGGCUCUGUCAGUGGCUAUAACAGCUUCUCUGUCAGUGGCUAUAACAGUGGGUCUGUCAGUGGCUAUAACAGUGGCUCUGUCAGUGUCUAUAACAGAGGCUCUGUCAGUGGCUAUAACAGCGGCUCUGUCAGUGGCUAUAACAGCUUCUCUGUCAGUGGCUAUAACAGUGGGUCUGUCAGUGUUUAUUACAGUGGCUCUGACAGUGGCUAUAACAUUAACAGUGGCUCUGUCAGUGGCUAUAACAGCUCCUCUGUCAUCGGCUAUAACAGCUCCUCUGUCAGUGGCUAUAACAGCUCCUCUGUCAUCGGCUAUAACAGCUCCUCUGUCAGUGGCUAUAACAGCUCCUCUGUCAUCGGCUAUAACAGCUCCUCUGUCAGUGGCUAUAACAGUGGGUCUGUCAGUGUUUAUUACAGUGGCUCUGACAGUGGCUAUAACAUUAACAGUGGCUCUGUCAGCGGCUAUAACAGCUCCUCUGUCAGUGGCUAUAACAGUGGCUCUGUCAGUGUCUAUAACAGCGGCUCUGUCAGUGGCUAUAACACUGGCUCUGUCAGCGGCUAUAACAGCUCCUCUGUCAGCGGCUAUAACAGCUCCUCUGUCAGCGACUAUAACACUGGCUCUGUCAGUGGCUAUAACAGAGGCUCUGUCAGUGGCUAUAACAGCUCCUCUGUCAGCGGCUAUAACAGAGGCUCUGUCAGUGGCUAUAACAGCUCCUCUGUCAGUGGCUAUAACCGCGGCUCUGUCAGUGGCUAUAACAGAGGCUCUGUCAGUGGCUAUAACAGCUCCUCUGUCAGUGGCUAUAACAGCUCCUCUGUCAGCGGCUAUAACAGAGGCUCUGUCAGCGGCUAUAACAGAGGCUCUGUCAGCGGCUAUAACAGCUCCUCUGUCAGUGGCUAUAACCGCGGCUCUGUCAGUGUCUAUAACAGCGGCUCUGUCAGUGGCUAUAACAGAGGCUCUGUCAGCGGCUAUAACAGCUCCUCUGUCAGCGGCUAUAACCGCGGCUCUGUCAGUGUCUAUAACAGCGGCUCUGUCAGUGGCUAUAACAGAGGCUCUGUCAGCGGCUAUAACAGCUCCUCUGUCAGUGGCUAUAACCGCGGCUCUGUCAGUGUCUAUAACAGAGGCUCUGUCAGUGGCUAUAACAGCGGCUCUGUCAGUGGCUAUAACAGCUUCUCUGUCAGUGGCUAUAACAGUGGGUCUGUCAGUGUUUAUUACAGUGGCUCUGACAGUGGCUAUAACAUUAACAGUGGCUCUGUCAGUGGCUAUAACAGCUCCUCUGUCAUCGGCUAUAACAGCUCCUCUGUCAGUGGCUAUAACAGCUCCUCUGUCAUCGGCUAUAACAGCUCCUCUGUCAGUGGCUAUAACAGCUCCUCUGUCAUCGGCUAUAACAGCUCCUCUGUCAGUGGCUAUAACAGCUCCUCUGUCAGUGGCUAUAACAGCUCCUCUGUCAUCGGCUAUAACAGCUCCUCUGUCAGUGGCUAUAACAGCUCCUCUGUCAUCGGCUAUAACAGCUUCUCUGUCAGUGGCUAUAACAGUGGGUCUGUCAGUGUUUAUUACAGUGGCUCUGACAGUGGCUAUAACAUUAACAGUGGCUCUGUCAGCGGCUAUAACAGCUCCUCUGUCAGUGGCUAUAACAGUGGCUCUGUCAGUGUCUAUAACAGCGGCUCUGUCAGUGGCUAUAACACUGGCUCUGUCAGCGGCUAUAACAGCUCCUCUGUCAGCGGCUAUAACAGCUCCUCUGUCAGCGACUAUAACACUGGCUCUGUCAGUGGCUAUAACAGCUCCUCUGUCAGUGGCUAUAACCGCGGCUCUGUCAGUGUCUAUAACAGAGGCUCUGUCAGUGUCUAUAACAGAGGCUCUGUCAGUGGCUAUAACAGCUCCUCUGUCAGCGGCUAUAACAGAGGCUCUGUCAGUGGCUAUAACAGCUCCUCUGUCAGUGGCUAUAACCGCGGCUCUGUCAGUGUCUAUAACAGAGGCUCUGUCAGUGGCUAUAACAGCUCCUCUGUCAGUGGCUAUAACCGCGGCUCUGUCAGUGUCUAUAACAGCGGCUCUGUCAGUGGCUAUAACAGAGGCUCUGUCAGCGGCUAUAACAGCUCCUCUGUCAGCGGCUAUAACCGCGGCUCUGUCAGUGUCUAUAACAGCGGCUCUGUCAGUGGCUAUAACAGAGGCUCUGUCAGCGGCUAUAACAGCUCCUCUGUCAGUGGCUAUAACCGCGGCUCUGUCAGUGUCUAUAACAGCGGCUCUGUCAGCGGCUAUAACAGAGGCUCUGUCAGCGGCUAUAACAGCUCCUCUGUCAGUGGCUAUAACCGCGGCUCUGUCAGUGUCUAUAACAGCGGCUCUGUCAGUGGCUAUAACAGAGGCUCUGUCAGCGGCUAUAACAGCUCCUCUGUCAGCGGCUAUAACAGCUCCUCUGUCAGCGACUAUAACACUGGCUCUGUCAGUGGCUAUAACAGAGGCUCUGUCAGUGGCUAUAACAGCUCCUCUGUCAGCGGCUAUAACAGAGGCUCUGUCAGUGGCUAUAACCGCGGCUCUGUCAGUGUCUAUAACAGCGGCUCUGUCAGUGGCUAUAACAGCUCCUCUGUCAGUGGCUAUAACAGCUCCUCUGUCAGCGGCUAUAACAGCUCCUCUGUCAGUGGCUAUAACCGCGCUUCUGUCAGUGUCUAUAACAGCGGCUCUGUCAGUGGCUAUAACAGCUCCUCUGUCAGUGGCUAUAACAGCUCCUCUGUCAGCGGCUAUAACAGAGGCUCUGUCAGCGGCUAUAACAGAGGCUCUGUCAGCGGCUAUAACAGCUCCUCUGUCAGCGGCUAUAACAGCUCCUCUGUCAGUGGCUAUAACAGCUCCUCGGUCAGUGGCUAUAACAGAGGCUCUGUCAGCGGCUAUAACAGCUCCUCUGUCAGUGGCUAUAACAGCUCCUCGGUCAGUGGCUAUAACAGAGGCUCUGUCAGCGGCUAUAACAGCUCCUCUGUCAGUGGCUAUAACAGCUCCACUGUCAGUGGCUAUAACAGCUCCUCUGUCAGUGGCUAUAACAGCGGCUCUGUCAGCGACUAUAACAGUGGCUCUGUCAGCGGCUAUAACAGCUCCUCUGUCAGUGGCUAUAACAGCUCCUCUGUCAGUGGCUAUAACAGUUCCUCUGUCAGUGGCUAUAACAGCUCCACUGUCAGUGGCUAUAACAGAGGCUCUGUCAGUGGCUAUAACAGUUCCUCUGUCAGUGGCUAUAACAGCUCCACUGUCAGUGGCUAUAACAGCUCCUCUGUCAGCGGCUAUAACAGCUCCUCUGUCAGCGGCUAUAACAGCUCCUCUGUCAGUGGCUAUAACAGAGGCUCUGUCAGUGGCUAUAACAGCUCCUCUGUCAGUGGCUAUAACAGCUCCUCUGUCAGUGGCUAUAACAGAGGCUCUGUCAGUGGCUAUAACAGCUCCUCGGGUCUGCGUUUCCAAGGCGACAGAAAGUGA